AUGCAACCCCCUGCGCGAUGCGUAGCUAUCUUCGUUCUUCGUACUUCGACGUUCGGGUCCUACACAAACGUGAUCUCGUGCAACAUGGUUUCGUCUCCUAGCACCAACUUUUCGACAUCGUCUAAAUUGGAACUACACAUGGACGAUCCUGGGCGAUCCAUCGAUCUUCCCUUUGCAGGACAUUGUGCGAUCACACCGCAACUCUUCUCUCUUCUCGUACUCCUCGUUGCUUUCUCUCUUCCGCCUCAACCUCGCAAAAUGCCUGCACCACGCAUGGUUUACCCACAGCUCGCAUCUUCCAUCGCGUUGUAA